AUGAAGCGCAACAUCGUGGAAGUCAUCUUCGCACAUGUUCUAUUUGUGACCGCUGACAGUCUUCGACGUCAUAUCCGUCGCGAUCAUGAAGACCCCGGACGCUCUCUUGUUCGCGCCACACAGGCCUGCAUAAGAUGUCGUACGACCAAAGCACGGUGCCAGGGAGGCUCUCCAUGCACAGAGUGUUCCUUAAAGGGACAAUUGUGUCUCUUUGAUGAUCCAGUUCACCUAGAGCCCGCUCAGCCAGAUCCAGAAGAAGAACCUUGGGAGUGUGGCAGUGGGGAUGAUCGGAUCAACACUUCAGAUCGGAUCAAUACCCCCAUCGGGCAUAUCGCCCAAGUGGACCAUUAUAUACAUCUUUACUUCACAAAUUUUCAUCAACACUGGCCAAUUCUGCAUCGACAUACCUUCAGUGUUGCUGACGAGCCCCAAUUGCUGCUUCAGGCUGUGAUAAUGAUCGGUCUCUGGGUCAGUGGGAGCCCGGCAGCACAAGAAGGUGCUCGGAACUUACACUCCAAACUGAAACUAGCAAUCUCGGAACAACAAGACAAUUGGGCUCGAUCGCCCGUGGAAGGAGAGCAAGAUAACGACGGGUUAGACAGCCCGAGUUCACGAUGGCCGAUUGCAACCUACCAAGGCAUUCUUCUCUGUGUCAUAUUUUCAUUACUGUCGACCCCGAUUGGUCUCGAACUUAACCUCGGCCUGGUCCUGAGUGUCUCCGAUCGUCAAAUCUUUUCCGCUCUGGUUGCAACCUGUCUGCGAAACAAUAUCUUCUACUACCCUAAUAUGCUUACAAGUCGAGUUUUACGCCUCUCCGAUCUACAGUUCCCCAUGCCAGACGAGAAGAAUCUCUGGGAUGCUAGUUCGAACCCGGAAUUGGCUCGACGUUUGUUGAUAUAUUCUCGAAGAGAUAGAUCAGAUGACCCUGGCGUUACCAAUUGGGUUUCUCAAAGUGGAACGUUAUUAGAAACUGACGAAAAUUGGUGGAAUUGA